AAAGAGCCAAGCUGAACCAUGAUCUCUCGUGUGCUCCGAGCUCGCAGCACGUUGGUGCGCACGACCUCCAGGACUCUGGCCGUCUCGAGCGCUCCCUCGCGCAACGUCACCGCGCGUCACCAGCUGCUUGCAGCCUCCUGCGCUCGCUGGAACUCGUCGACAUCGACUCCAGUAGCUGAGGUCAAGAAGGAUUCAGACUCUGCUGCCGCUGCAGCAGAAGACGCGACUGAACCUGAUCCCGUGGACAAUGUGAAGAUCGACCUAGGCACCAUUGGAGCUGAGGAUGCCAAGGUUUGGACCAUCGCGGAUGUGCUGAACGCACGCGAACAGGAACUAGCCACGAACAAGGCGCUGUUCGACUUUGAGGAGUGGGAAAGCAUCGCCGGCACGGAAACGGUGCACGACGCAGUGCUGACGAUGGUGGAGCGCAACAUCGGCUCGCUCAUUGUGACGAAGGCUCAAGAAGGGAUUGUCGGCAUCGUGACUGAGAGAGAUAUCCUCAAGAAGAUCUCGCCACGCACAGUGAUGACCGAGGAGAAGUUUGUACACAAUGUCAUGUCCUCGCACAUCAUGUGUAUCCAUCCCAGCACUACAGUCAUCGAUGCAUUGGCGACGAUGACGAAGGAGAAUAUCCGACACUUGGCUGUAGUCAGCGGCGACAUGACGAGCGCUGUGAAGCGAGGCUCGGUGCAGGAGGAGGACAUGCGCUGCGUGCUGUCUAUCACGGAUAUUGUGCGUGCGUUCGCCGAGUUUGAAGCCUCGAGGAAUGCGCCGGCACAGGAGGCAGCGCCGGACGCGUCUGUGGAGACAAAGGAGAAGACGAAGCCCGAGGCAGACCAACCCAAGGAGACUCAAGCGACCGAGGCUGAGACGCCGGAAGCUGCAGCUGCAGACGCUGCGACGCUGUCGGCUCCGGUUGUUACGGCGGCGACGCUGUUGAAGAAGAAGCACAAGCGCGUGAAGCUGAUCCUGAACACUCGUCCAGAUGACAAUAUCACUGUGGCCGAAGCGGUGGAGGAGAUGGCUAAGCGCGACUUUGGCGCCGUCUUGGUCGUGGACAAGGAGCAGCGUGUGCUCGGUAUCUUCACAGAGCGUGACUACAUCCGCAAGGUUCUGUUCGAGGUGAAAGACCCGACCAAACUACUCGUGACGGACGUCAUGUCGACUGUGGACUCUGUGCUGCAGAUCGAGGACCCGCUGGAGAAGUGCUGGGACUUGGCAGCCACAUCAAACUGCCGUCACUUCCCUGUGAUUGGUGUCUUGCGCCAAGACCGCGAGAAGGAGCUUGCUGGUAUCCUGUCUAUCAAAGAUAUCGUGCUCCAAGAUGGAGCCUAA